AUGCGAGGACCUGGAUUGGCACUGGACGAUGUCUUCGCAGGCAUUGCACUGGUACGCAUCGCGCUAUCUCCAUACUUGACAUCCGAGCUCACAAUUUUUGAAGGUCCUAUCGACAAGUACCAUCGGGUUGAAUGCUUUUUCACGAUCGGAGUUGGUUAUGACUUGGAUAAGAACAAUGCUGAGAUGUUCCCCAAGCUGAUGCACAACCUUCCUGUUAUCAUGCAGAUAACGUUUGCCUUCACUUUGAUCUAUAUCUGGUGUCUCGCAGCUCUCAAGCUUUCACAACUGGCUCUAUACCACCGCGUCUUCCAGCUCCAAUUGCGCCUUGCAGUCUACAUCGUCGGCGGUAUAGUCGUCAGCUGGGCUAUUAUCUUCAACUUCGUUUUCAUCUUCCUUUGCGACCCUAUCUCGCAACAGUGGACCAUCGAACGAGUUGGACACUGUAUGGAUCAAAUGUUGCUGCUCAAGUGUCUGAUCUUGUCAAACAUGGCUACCGACCUCAUGAUCGUGGUAAUCCCAAUCCGCUGCGUGUGGCAGUUGCAAAUGCGAAAGACGGAAAAGCUUGCUGUACUGGCAUGUUUCGGCUUGGGUUUGGCCUGUGUGGUUAUUAGCAUCGCGCGUUUCAUCCUCAUAUAUACUAUUGAUCUUAUCGGCAAUCUCACAGGUACAUCGGGAACGACCUUUAUGCUCUGCACUAUCGAGCUCAUGCUGGCCGGUCUCUGUAUCAACAUUCCCAUGUUACGCCCGUUCUACCUUCAAUGGCGCCAAAAGUACAAGAGCGCAUCAAUGAGCAAUACUGGAAGACUCAGUGCAAUCAAGAGGUCGAACACUGGUGGUCUGGGAUCGCAGCAAGCGAGACCGGGUCACUACACUCAGUGGAUGGAGUUGCACGACAAAGACCAAACGAACAUCACUGUUACGGGCGACGACGCAAGUUCCGAACGAAAACUUACCUCAGAGCCACUGCCGUUCGAUGCUAUCCAGGUCUCUAAGGACUUUACAAUUACCAGAACUUGA